AUGUCUAUCCAGCUGGUGGCAAUGUCCCAACUAGACGAGGCCUUGGGCAGUCAAGAUGACUGGACCGGUCUUACUGACGCCGCUUCCCGCAGAAAGAGACAGAACAGGCUUAAUGUGAGAGCAUACCGGAGACGCAAAGCGCUAGAGGCCCGGAACAAUCAAGCAGCCACCUCUACAGUCGAACAAAUUCCUGUUAAGGUCAAAGAUCCCACAGUUGCAUGCUGGGUCGAAGAUCAACAGACUAUAAUUAACAUACCCAUCUCUGUAGUAGACACUACAUUUGGCACUACACAGAAACCAUUACUAACCACCGCACACGAGAAUUCACUCACCCGUGCCGAACAAACACCACACAAGAUUAUUUUUCCCCUUUGCCCGGAUCACCUCAUUACUCUUCUUCAGUAUAAUGUAUUACGUGCUGGUAUUACCAACAGGAAACUUCUGUCCCCUGUCAUUACAGUGACGAGCUGCUCGUCAGACAGUCUUCAUGUCUUGCCUGAGCCAUCAUUACCGAACGCGCUUCCACCCUCUCUAUAUCCCACGCAUCUACAACGAACUAUACCCCAUGAAGACUGGGUUGAUAUAAUACCACAUCCACGCUGGCGAGAUAAUCUCAUUUUAGCUCUUGGAACAUUCGACGAGGACGAAUUGUGGUCAGAUACAAUUGGUGGCUUGUUUGAGGGUUUUCCGCAAUCAGAGAUAGAGCACCGUGGUGUAAUAGUGUGGUCACCACCAUGGGAUGUCAGUGGAUGGGAGAUCACGGAGGGAUUUUGGAAUAAGUGGAAAUGGUUGUUAACUGGCUGUGAAGAUAUGCUGGUGGCUACAAACUAUUGGAGAGCGAAAAGGGGAGAAUAUCCUCUUGUCUUUUAGGAGUUUCUCUAUUAAGGCUAUUUUAUGGAC